CGCUUUCGUGAACGCUUGCCUCGGUGUGUACUCACGACAGCUUUAUUCAAAACCAUGAAAAGUUUGGUUAACUCGAUUAACGAUGCCGUCACGGAAACUCUGUUUGGUUUAUCGUUUGCAUUUCCGCAAUUGGAAUACCAAGCGACUCAUAGAGUCAUUCUCAUGCCAAAGCUCGAGGAUCGAAAACAUAAGGUAUCUCUGAUAUGCGGUGGCGGAAGUGGACACGAACCAUUUGCUGCAGGUUAUGUUGGAAAUGGCAUGUUAGCUGCAUCUGUAGCAGGCUCGAUAUACGCUGCACCUCCAUCGGAACACAUUACUUACGCUAUCGACCGUGUCUCCCAACACGAUAAAACUGGUAUAUUGAUGGUCGUCCCGAAUUAUACUGGAGACUGUCUUAAUUUUGGAAUUGCAAUUGAAAAGGCGAGACAAAGAGGUCUGAAGAUUACGGAAGUGAUAGUGAAUGAAGAUUGUAGUAUACCAAACGAGGAGUUAGGUGUCACUGGUAAGCGUGGUCUAACCGGAAUGCUAUUUGUUAUUAAAAUAGCUGGUGCAUUAGCAGAACAGGGAUUACCACUUGAAGAGAUCUCCAAGGCUGCGCAAGACGUUUUGCAAAAUGUAGCUACUUACGCGGUUGGAUUGACAGCUUGUACAAUACCAGGUCAGCCCCCCAUGUUCGAGCUAGCAGAAGACGAAAUCGAAGUUGGAAUGGGAAUUCAUGGGGAGGCUGGAUAUGGAAAAAUGAAAUUGAAAUCCUCGAGCGAAACAAUUUCAUUCAUGCUGGAACACAUAUGCAAGGCCUUGUCUUUGAAAAGUGGAGAUUCAGUUGCAGUUAUUGUUAACAAUUUUGGAGCAUUGAGCCAGUUGGAACAAGGAAUUGCUGUUCACGACGUGGUCAAGCAACUCCGUAAUAUGAAUAUACAACCUCUUCGUGUAUAUUCGGGACCUCUGAUGACAUCGUUGAAUAGUGCUGGAGUACAUAUUACGCUUCUAAAAUUACCCGAAGAGCACAAAGACGUUUUCCUCAGUUGCUUGGACGCACCUACCGAUGCCCCAAAAUGGCCAGGUUGUUCAUUUAGCGUUCCUACAGAAGGAGCGAAAGCGAUUGUUCAGAACACAGUAAUACGGACGGUAGAAAAGGCUGGGAUAGAAAUUGCCAAGGAAUUACAAAACUUGUUGAAACAAUGCUUGACAAGCGCCUCUGAAAAUUUAAUUGAGAAAGAAAUGCACCUCAAUGAGCUCGAUAGGGGCUGUGGAGACGGUGACACAGGAUCAACGCUUAAGAGAUUUGCCACUAAGGUUCUGUUAAAUUUAGACAAGUUUCAUUUUUCGCAUCCAUCGUCUGUUUUUUCCGAAUUAGCGCAUAUAGCCGAAGAAGAAAUGGGUGGCAGUUCUGGAGCAUUGUUAUGUUUAUUUUUUACUAGUAUUACCACGGAAUUAGUUUCGCCGCAUGAGAAGGAUGGCUGGCUGCAUAUUUGGGUUCGCGCAUUUCGCAGUGGCCUGAAUUGCUUAAUAAAAUAUGGGAAAGCGAAACCAGGAGAUAGAUCUAUGAUCGAUGCACUCCAUGCACUUUGUGAAACUUUUGAAAGUGUGUUGCACAAGCCGCUAUCAGAAAUUUGUGAUGUAUUAAAGAAAGCCACUUGGCAAGCAUGCGAAUCCACAAAAAAUAUGAAACCCAAGGUAGGACGAGCUAGUUACGUAAAACAAGCGCAAUAUUUACAGAAUGCAGAUGCUGGUGCAUAUGCAGUUGCAACUUGUGUCGAUGCUGUUACGGAUGUAAUCAAAAAUGUUAAACCUUAAUAUUACUCAUUGUAUUCAAAGGAAACUGUUAGUGUAAUCUAUUGUAAUACUUUUCUUGAAAAUAUAAUU